AUGGCCGAGACCGAGGCGCGCCAGUGGACAAUCGUCCUGAUCCUGACCGCACUCAUCCUUUCCUUCGUCGUCCUAUCCCAGAUCCUGACAACAUAUAUUACUGCCUACCGUGUCGCUCCCAACGAAAUCAUCUCAUUCAUCGACGCCGUUGACUUCUCGGUCGAGGAGAACGAGAGCUACGACCGCGAUGUCGCCAAGGUCCAGCGCCUUGAAGACAAGCUCCGCCUCGGUCGCCUGCUCCGCGAGAUCCAGAAGGGUGGUGACGACCUGCGCGAGGACAUUAGCUCUCUGCUCCUCUCCGACGACACCACCGCCCUGCGCAUGAGCGCUCGUCUUCUCUGGGCCAGCAAGCGCCGCGAUCUCGAAGAGCGCGUCCGCCGACUGGAUCUCGUGAGGAUGCGCUUUCUCGUGGUAUACAUGGGAAUGGUUGCAGAGCGGGCGACUGCCACAGCGGAGCGACAGGUGCCCGUGACAACGCCGCAGAGAGAUCCGGAGAAGACACCCGUGUCUCCAUCCUUCACACCACCUAUGACCGCGUUGAACGCCAGUUUGACGCGCGCACUGACGGAAGAGAUUCGCGAGAGGCCGCCGCUGAGGAGGCUAACUACCCAGGCCAUCGGUCAUCGCGAAAACACGGGAACAGGGCACAAGCUUGGAUGGGCGGGUGUGGUGCAGGAGUUGCAAAAAAGUCCUCGGAUGCACAAGAGACGCUCUUCUAUCGAAAGGUCCAUCGAGCAGGAGCUGGCGAAUGCCAAGCUGACAAUCUGA